UAGUGUUAAUUAUCUAAUUCUUUUCGUUAAUUACAUUUAGUUUACUUUAAGAGAAGUUGAAUAUUCAGUUUGGUCAAGUUUCUUUUUCUUAUUUCUGGUUAUAAGUUUGAACUUUAUUUGGUUUGUUUUUUUUUUUGUUUGUUUGGUCAUUUUUUGCUUUACCUGUUGAUUGGAAUCUUUUUUAAUUGUGAUGGAAAAUCUAAGAAUUGCUAAGCAAAAUCUUCGAACCUCAGCUCCUUUAAAGGAAUAUAAAUUACCCUGUAGAGAGAAAGAGUUUGAUCAUAUAUAUGAUUUCAUUAUCACCCAAUUUACUGCUCAAACUGGAGGGUGUCUUUAUCUUGCUGGUGUUCCUGGAACAGGGAAAACAGCUACUGUUAGAGGUGUGCGAAGAUCUAUUGAAGAAAAUGCGACCAAAUUAAAGAUAAAGAAAAAGUCACUUCUCUUCAUUGAAGUCAACGGAUUGAAAUUAACGGAUCCUUACCAAGUAUAUUCUCAAGUGUAUUAUGGGAUUACAGGUGAACGAAAAGCUGCCAAAAAAGCCGGGGAAAAAUUACAUGAGCUAUUUUGCGAAGGUGGAAAUGAUCGAUUUAUUGUUCUGAUUGUUGAUGAACUUGAUUCUCUUCAAACAACCAAACAAGAUAUUCUUUAUCAUUUGUUUGAUUGGCCUUCAAGAGUUGAUUCCAAAUUAGUGGUCAUCGCAAUUGCCAAUACUCACGAUCUUCCUGAACGUAUGGAAAAGCGGGUCGGAUCUCGAGCGGGUUUUGGUAGAUUACCUUUCCAUCCUUAUAAACAUGAACAAUUACAGAGUAUUGUUGCCGCUCGACUCAAGGGUAUUAGUGAGACCUUCAAAUCUGACGGUAUUCAAUUGAUCGCUAGAAAAGUUGCUUCGAUUUCUGGAGAUGCUCGAAAAGUUUUAGACAUUUGCCGUCGAUCGAUUGAAAUUGCAGAAGAAGAUUUCGCUGGACGAACUAAAAGUAAAGGUGUCAAAUUUCAAGUUUCCUUGGAACAUGUUAAAAAAGCCGUCGCAGAAACGACCUCAUCACCUAAGAUGAUCUACAUAAGAGAUGCUUCAGAAUUUGAGAAGAAUCUUCUUCUGGCAAUUUGUAAACAUUUCCAAAUAUCAGGAACCGAGGAAGGAACUUGUAGUGAUAUUUUCGCUUAUUGGUCGGAAAUUUGUGCAGCCGAUGGAUCGCAUGGUGUUAAUUUCUCUGAAUUCCUUGAGAUAGCUCAUUGUUUACACGAAUCAAGAUUAAUCAACUUGGAACCAGAUAAAGUUGAUAAUCAAAGACGAAUUCGUCUUAUUGUCUCAACCGAUGAUAUUGAUUUCGCUCUCAGACUCAAUGAAUGAUCACAAACCCAAGUUUCAAUUUACAAUCACAAUUUACAUUCUCAUUUUAAUUCACUUUUGCCAUAAACAAAUUCAACUUUUUUUAACUCAAAUUAUCAAAUCAUCAAAUCACCUUUUUCACCAAAGAUUCCAUGAUAAUGUUAUUGUGAUAUUAAGAAUCGUUUUAAUUACAAUUAAACGAAAUGAACAUUUGAAAAAUGAUCAAA